GGCCCGUGACGUCAGAGUGACAGGGGCCACUCCUCAUUCCUCAGCAGGUGGAGGUGAUUUCAUCCACCUGAACCGAGAAGCAGCUCAACAACCAGGAAGCUUCACAGCUUCAGUCGCUGCACUUAGACCUGUUUGUUCCGCUGCGGUCAAAGAUCGCCGCUGUCUCGCAGUGGCAUUAUUAAUGUCGCUGAGUUUUAUGGCAUAAUGAGGGCAGCAGGAGAGCUUUAACAAAGUGUAAGGCUGUGAUUGAAGGGCAGAAAGCAUCAUGGGGACCCAGGAGAAGACCUCUUCGCUCUGGGACAGAGUUGCUUCGUGCUGCUGUUGCUGCUGUAACGCCUGCAAGAAGGAGCAGGAGGAGAAACGUGGCCAGAAAAAAACGAUCACGGUUGUGAUGAACCCUAUGACCAGGGGUCCCGAAGAUCCCCCUGAAAACAGACCUUUACCUUCACCUCCAAAGUCGGAGCGCUACAUCGCCCUGUUUGAUUACUCCGCUCGUACCGAGAACGACCUGACCUUUAACACCGGGGAUAUCCUGGAGGUCCUGGACACCAGCGCCGGGGAGUGGUGGAUCGCCAGAGCAGUGAACGGGAUCUCAAUCGACAAAAAGGGAUACAUCCCGGCCAACUACGUGGCCCCUGUGGAGAGCAUUGAUGCUGAACCAUGGUAUUUCCCAGACACCAAGCGACUGGAUGCAGAGAAGUUGCUGCAGGGUGAAGGGAACCAGGAAGGAGCAUUCCUCGUUAGAAACUCUGAAAGUUUGAAAGGAGAGUACUCCCUCUCAGUUUUGCACCAAGGGAGAGUAAAACAUUACAAGCUCCAGAAACUGGAUAAUGGCCACUACUACGUGUCGAAGACCAAAUCCUUCCCAACGCUGAAGGAGUUGGUGGAGUAUUACUCCAGACAGAGUGAUGGGCUGUGUGUGCUUCUUGGCGAGCCAUGCAGGAAGAUGGAGGCUCCUCAGACCUACGGUCUGUCCUACAACACGGUGGAUCAGUGGGAGAUUCCUCGCAACUCUAUCAAGCUGAUGGACAAGCUGGGUGCUGGACAGUUUGGAGAAGUCUAUAAGGGGAUGUGGAAUGAAACCACAGAAGUUGCUGUGAAGACCCUCAAACCUGGUACGAUGGACCCUGAAGAUUUCCUGGCAGAGGCUCAGCUCAUGAAGAGACUGCGGCACCCCAAGCUGAUCCAGCUCUAUGCUGUGUGUACCCUGGAGGAGCCCAUCUACAUCAUUACUGAGCUGAUGAAGCACGGCAGCCUGCUGGAGUACCUUCGAAAGGAUAAGGGGGGCACUCUGCGUGUGCAGGACCAAAUUGAAAUGGCAGCCCAGAUUGCGGCUGGCAUGGCUUACCUGGAGCAGCAGAACUACAUCCACAGAGACCUCGCUGCCAGGAACGUCCUGGUGGGAGAGAACAACAUCUGCAAAGUGGCAGACUUUGGCCUGGCCAGAGUUUUUAUGAAAGAAAGUGAGAGUGUGUAUGAGGCUAGGGACGGGGGCAAGUUUCCUGUGAAGUGGACCGCUCCAGAGGCCAUCCAUAACAACAAGUUCUCCAUCAAAUCAGACGUUUGGUCCUUUGGGAUCUUGCUGUAUGAGAUCAUGACAUUUGGCCAGAUGCCUUACUCAGCCAUGACAAACAUGCAGGCCGUCCAGUGGAUUUCUAGAGGCAACAGGCUGCCCUGCCCCCCAAGGUGCCCGAAGCCAAUGCACCUCCUCAUGUUGGACUGUUGGAACGAAAAGGAACUCAACCGGCCCACGUUUGAGACGCUGCAGUGGCAACUGGAGGAUUACUUUGACAUGGAUUUGAACUCCUAUGAUGACAGCUCCCACUAUUAGAGUAAAAAAAACAAACAAAAAA